AAGAAAAUGAGUGAGAGCCAGUUUAUUGUGCCAUUUUAUCCACCAGAUGUCACUGUACAGCAAUGCAACCACAUUAGGUUAGCUCUUACUUUGAAGCCAACCACGGAGAAACUUUUAUUUUGAAGCCCCACGUCUCGGUUCGCAAGAGGAGAGAGAACAGAGUCCGACCAAGGCGACCGCACUGUACAGUAGCCGCUACCAGCGCACUGGUGUCCGGCUGUGAGCCAGCCAAUAUGACGGGGAGCAAGUUCAGGACCUGCGGGGCUGAUCGAGGGUAGCUAUUCUCGUUACUUUCGACGGACAACACGAACGUUGACGCCGACCAGGCUUUUCACCUUCCCUCACUGGAAGCGUAUCGGACGGAUUCGACUCUUUUUUUGGUCCCAAGCAAAGGUCGGUGGUGAAACAUGAACAAGAACCACCGAGUGCCGAGCAACCGCUCUCUUAGUGCCGUGGAGGUGAAGAGUAAGUUCGGUGCAGAGUUUCGCCGGUUCUCUCUCGAUCGCUCAAAGCCAGGCCGCUUUGAUGAGUUCUACGGCCUCUUGCAACACGUCCAUCGUAUUCCCAACGUGGACUUGCUUGUGGGUUACGCCGACAUCCACGGCGACCUGUUGCCCAUCAACAAUGACGACAACUACCACAAGGCUAUCUCCACUGCCAGCCCCCUCCUCAGACUCUUCCUUCAAAGGAAAGAGGAAGCCGAUUAUACAACCUUUGGUACCGAUACGCUGACGAGAAAGAAAAACACAGUUCUUUCGGCAGUUCUUCUCCGACCCGACGCCAACAGGAAAAAGCCGCCCGUUAUCAUCAGCCUCCCGAGGGACUUCCGUCCCGUUUCGUCUAUCAUCGACGUGGACAUCCUGCCCGAAACGCACAGACGCGUCCGCCUGUACAAGCACGGCCAGGAAAAGCCUCUGGGCUUCUACAUCCGUGACGGCUCCAGCGUGCGGGUAACGCCGCAGGGCUUGGAGAAGGUCCCCGCCAUUUUUAUCUCCCGGAUGGUUCCCGGCGGCCUCGCGGAAAGCACCGGUCUUCUCGCAGUGAACGACGAGGUUCUGGAGGUGAACGGCAUCGAGGUGGCUGGCAAAUCUCUGGACCAAGUGACGGAUAUGAUGAUCGCAAACAGUCACAACCUCAUCAUCACUGUCAAGCCGGCCAACCAGCGUAACAACGUCGUCCGCGGCGGGGGCACAGCGUCCGGCAGCUCGGGGCGGUCCUCGGACAGCGGAGCCAGCUACUACGGCUACUCUUUGUCAGCCGGGCUCGGCGCCAGUUCCUCCGCCCCCUCGCACAUCAUCCAGAAUUUCCCCGUCGGCGAGCUCGAGAGCGACGAAGACGACGAGGACCUCGUAAUCGAGGCGGGGGGCGACGCCGAUCCCAUCAGCCGCACGUCGUCCAAUUACAGCAUUCCCCCGCUGCCUCGCUACGAGCCGCACCUGAACCUGCGAGCGUCCGCUUCGCCGCCACCCCUCGCCAUCAACGGUGCCGCGCUAGCCCGCGGGAGCAGCGGCUCACUGAGCAAGGCCGGGUACUCCACACCGUCACCUGACAGAGCCACGAGGAGGCGGAGUCUCGAAGAAGACGGAACUGUAAUAACACUGUAGAACUGCCAUGCAUGCACUACACUUGAGUACUUCCACAUACUCUGUAAGUUUACGCCGUGUUAGCAAAAUACUUUUUUUUUUUUGUCUGGAUGAAACAUAAGUCCAGCUGUAGGAACGAAAACCCACUUCAACAGACUUCCAUGACAGCAAUUCCUAAUUAGACAAGGCCUUGGCGGCAUUUGAUGGCAUUUCAGAAAAAGCACGAAAAAUAUUCGUGGGUUCGGGAGCAUGUAGACAAGCAAAUCAGAUCAGGCCCAAGACAAUGUGUACAUGCUUUGAGUGGAAUGCAGACAAGUGCUGGUCGACCAGGAAUGACAUUUGGCUUCAUGCAUCCCUCUUCCCAAAAGAGAUAACAAACAUGUGAUUUGUACUGUACUUGUAAGUCAAGUUUACAGCGUGUGUACGAAGCAUACAGAUUUGGAACACUAUCCAAGUCCCUAUUCUCCAGCAAGCUUGUUUUAUUUUGCAACGUAUUAGAUCAACCAGAAAGAGACUAUUACCGAGAGGUGUACAAGAGGCAUAGCGCCACCAAUGGCAGUAGCCAAAAAACGGCUUCUGUACAAGGACAACUCAAGUAGUUCACUCACAGAUGUAGCGGUAGCUGGAACAAACUGGAUGUAAACUGAGCGACACUUUGAGAGGGAGUCAUGGACCGGCCUUUGACGCCAAUAACUUUGACGGAGAAGCGCAAUGACAUGUAAAUAUUGAAUCUGGACACAAAGCCUAUUGAAAUGUUUGUACAUUUACACGUAAAACACCACACCUCAGACUGGAGUGCCCACGCGUAUGCCAUUGUGGCACCAUGGAGGCUGCGGGCAACCCCCCCCCCCCCCCCCACCAGCCCCCUUGCCCACAAACACACACUAAGGGACUAAAGGUGUCACUUCACCCAAAAAACUCCCCCCAAAACCAGGUACUGCACCUCCUUCCAAGCUACAAGCCUCCUGAAGCACUUAUCUUGUUUUUUGUUCUUUUUUGUUUUUGUUUUUUGAAACUUCCUCUAGAGAGCAGCGGUGAUCCCUCAUGCCCACGCGUUUUAUGAAUCGAUGAGUGUUUCCCCAGCCACACGCUUGUGGACACCAACAAGACAUUUAUUUUAUUAAUAUUUAAUGUUGUUUUUAGCAAGACAAUCGUCCGCAAGAAUAAUGCAGCAAAUUCACUGACCGGGGCUGCCUUCUGCAAAAAUAAAAAUAAUAAUAAUAAUAAUAAUAAUAGUAAUAAUAAGAACAAUGAUGAUAAUGUUUUUAUUCAAAGACGAAGCAAAUUUGGAUUUUUUUAGGUAUUGUCAAAUGAUUCUAGUUAUUUAAGACAGCUCUGGGCCUGUUAAAAAUCUGCAUUUAUAAACAGUGCAGUCAAACCUUAAGGAGUUGUAUUAUGCAUUUAAUUAAGUGACUUUCAUGUGUCUGUAGCACGUUUUCAUCCAAAACUCCACGGAUCGAGAAUUGAACAUGUAUUUUUCAAUUCACGUGUCAAUGAGCGUUGCGGUGUGCCCCAUGACAUCGCCAGACGUACGACUGUUUGUAGACAAGCAAUUAAAGUCAGUCUUCCAUAAUAUGUCCCCUUUUAAGGUUGCAAAAGCUAGGCGACCCCUGGCUUCAACGAUUCCAGGGUGACAGAUCAUUUUUAAUGUCAUCACUCACUGUCAUACAAGCGUAAAAAUAGUGGCCUUUUCAGAUUUUAUUGUUUCCCGUCAUUGGUACACCAGUGGACCUUUUGUAUAUUUGGGAUGAUGUUUGCAACUGUUGCUGCAUAUGCCACGACAACAAUGGCCCACGCACCCUCUGUUGCAUCAGAUGUGUGCAACAUAUCAAAUGACAUAAUGCCCCCCCCCCAAAAGAGUGCGUCGACCUUGACUCUUUGUACAGUAAAUGUGUCAGGUCAUUUUCUAGCAAUGCCACAGUUGACACAGCAUUCCAUAACGGUUAUUUGGACCCGAGUUGAAACAUUUGAGAGCAACACUGUAACCCGUAACCAUGUCUUUUUGAGGCUGUUUUGACCGCAGCUAAAACGUCAAAUUGAAAUUGUCAUAUUUUAAAAGGCAAGAUGGUUUUACGGUGUUUUGUACGGCUUUACACUGUAUCCUUGACAAAUGCAUUGGUCAACAGCAAAUUUUAAUCAGAGGUGGCCUUGAUGUGUUCUUCAAUGUCUUUCGAUGCUGAUGUCAAAAAUGUCCACUUUUUUCCGAGCACCAGUGUGAUAUAUUUUCAUUUUUUAUUUUUUUGUUUGUUUUAAAGUUUGACCAAUUAAGGCCCGUAAAUCACUGAGCGGCAAAAGUUUGCAAGUAUGUGCGCAUGUAGCAAUAUUUUUUAGUUUAUUUUUUUUUGGUGAGGGUUCAUUCAAUGUUGCAAAGGGGUCCAAAAACGUUCCCAAAUUGUUUUAUGGUUGCCAGCUGUUUUUCUUGUCAUCAAAUUUUGAACAUGUUCAAAAUUUCUUAGCGAGAAGAAAACCCAUCAAAUUGUUGGCGAACGUCUUUGCGUCUAUUUGCGACCUUGAAGAAACCCUGACGAAAAACAUUAGUGAGUUGCGCACACACGUGCACACUUGAUUUUACCAUGCCUUGUAACUUAUAGCUAUGACGUUUCAGAAAAAAAUCCAUGUUGCUGAACCUACUAAUCCUUGAUUCCAAACAAUUAAGAAAUAUGGUUCUAUAUUAUACAAUUAUUAUAAAAAAUGUGCUUGAGGAAAAAAAAGAUUUGAAAUCAGUUAAGUUUCUCAGUCUGCUUGCAUCUCAGAAUUUUUUUUAAUUGUGAUUUGACCACUGAUGUCAUUUUGUGUGCAAUUCAAGAGCCUCCACAGCUGAGAUGUAACGAGAGAAUGUUUUGUCUUGAUUUAGUUGUUUUUACUCACGGCAGCAUGGUUGACCAAUGCUUAGUACGUUUUGCCUCACAGUUGAGUAUUUCUGGGUUCAAAUCUGUGCUCAAGGCCCUCUUGUGUGGAGUUGUCAAGUUGUUCCCGUGCCCGUUUGGGUUUUCUCGAACUUCCUCCCCCAUUCCAAACUACCUGCAUGUUAGGUUGAUUGAAGACUCUCAAUAAGUGUUGCCCAACCUUUAUCGAGCCCAAGGUACGUGUUUUACUUUUAAGCAUCUCAAGGCUCCCCACCAAACAAAAGCAACCGAAAAAGUGGAUCACGGGCUUAUUAUGCACCUUAAGCCAUCUUGUGGAAGAGCAUUUAACUGUUCUGCCUGUCACUUGAUGUUGUUAGCAUUGAUGGGUGAACAAAGACACAAUAUUUGGAUAGAAUAAUUUUUGGAGCCAUUAAGUUGGAUGGAGAAUAUCCUGCCGCACAUCUCUCACAAUGCAACAAAUUAUAAGUGUGAAUGUAAGUGCAUUUAUAUGUUCCCUUAAAUUGACUGGUGAACAUUUCCAGGAUUUUGUCCCAAAGUUGGCUGGGAUAGACAGACACAAACUCACCUGUGAUUCCAAUGAGAAAAAGCUCAAAAGAAAUGUUUAUCCUCCUUACACACAUCCACACAGGCAUUCUUAUGAUUGCAGUCUCAUGAACCUGUUAAGACUGUGAUACUGCUAGACUGGAAACAAUUUUAAUUAUCUGCCUUGUGUGGCACUGGCUACCGGUGAUGGUAUCUGUCAUUCCAGGAGUAACAUAACAAAAUCUUUUUAAAUUAUUGUAUUUAACUGCUCCACAGGACACUGGGAUUGUAACCACAGAGACACUGUUAUUUAUUCUGUAAUCAUGUCUAUUUCUGGAAUAUUUUCAUUCUUUGUACUCCUUAUGAUUCCCCCCCCACCCCCCCCCCCCAAAUUUUUUACCAAUACAUUUUGUGUGGGUACUUUCUUGAUGUUUUUGUUUGAGAAAAUCUCAUGGUAGAUGUAUUUGACCACUGGAGAGGAUUUCUAGUAGCUGACUGUUGUUAUCGAUUUUUUUUAAAUUUUAUUUUUUUGGCGAGGGGACGUGGACACUAUUUUUUUUUCAUACUGUGAAUUUUCAUUUUAAAACGAAACAUUUUUGAUAUUUGAGUCUUUUCUUUCUCCUUUUUUUAAGUGAUUGAGCUAUGGCGUUUGCUUGCCAGAUAAAUGCUAUGUUAUAUAUAGAUUUGUAAUGAAGAUUGUCAGUAUUUUCAUAUCGAUGCUUUAAAUAAUGUACAUUUUUAUCACGUUGUGACUACAUUGUAAGACUCGACUGGAGCUGUACGAAUAAAUAGAUGUACGCCUGUAGUUGUUGAUUUGAGGAGCUUGAUGAAAAAUAAUAAAGAGUAAUGAGUAGUA